AUUUUUCUUGUUUUCAAUUGCAGGUUCUUGCGAUGUGGGGUGUCAUGCGAUUUUAUAAUCUAGUACGGGCCGGUAUCACUUGGAAGGGCCCAGAGGCGAAGACCACAACAUCCUUAGCAACUGGAUGCUUCCUCUUCGACAUGGACGACGACGAUGACAUUUAUGGUGCCGACGAUGAUGACGACGAUGAUGAAGAUGAUGAAGACGAUGCCUACUACGAUGAAGAAGACAGUGACAGCAGCAUCCUGGAUCAUGGAGACGAUGAAGUCCGUGAUGGAUCGAAAGGUCGAAGAAAUCGUCGCAGACUCGGAUGCAAUGUCAAUAACAACAACAACACAAACAGUAACAACAACAACAAUAAUGUCCGGACUUUAUUCAUAAAACGUAAUAAAUAUAAAAUCAGUCAUCGGCAGACCCGUCUAGAGGUGAUUGACGAGCUGGAGAAAAGCGCCGGCAGUGGCAGUGAGGAGAACGACUCACUCCUGGUGGCAUACGAUAGUAAUUCGAUAGCGUCUGUCUGACAUUUGGAACGCUAUCGGUGCAUUUUGAACGGGCUGGUGAUGGGACUGCUGGUCGCUGUUGAGAUCUAUGCACAGAUUGUGGUGUUUUUGUAAAAUUGGCCAAGAAAAAAUGGCGAAUGUCUUCCAGGUGACGAUGAACUCUGUUGUUCCAAACUACUGCGAGUAUAUAUGCGACAAACUCAGAAGAGUCCUUUUUUAAAAAAGGACACAAGCUCUUUCAACAAAAAAAAAAAGUAAAAAAAUAUCUGUAAAGUUUCUAUAAAUCUUGUAAAUAUUUCUUUGUAAAUUAUAGUUCUAUAAAUUUAAAUAUUAAUUGUAUGUUUGUUGUUAUGGAUAAUGUAUAUAAUAUAUUAUUUAAGGAGCAGUGCAAUAAAUAUAAAUAAAAAUGCUACCAUGUAAAAAAAAAAAACAAAAAUAAAAAUUAGUAAUUAAUAAUGGUUAUAAAGCUUAAACAUAAAUGUUUUAACUUAAUAUUUAAGGCUUAAGCUUAAGUUGUAUAAAUUAAUAUUGAACAAAAAUUUAAAUUUAAACAACAAAAAUGCAAAGGAGUUGAAAACUUUUAUAGAAAAUGCUAUUUACCUACCAUUUAAUAAAAAUGUAAAUAAAUUGAACAAAAUAAAAACAAAACUUAAUCUUAAAAAUAAAAAUAGUCGUGUAAAACAAAAAAGCACAAAUAAAGUAAAAUGCAUAAAUAUGGUAUUGAAGAUUUUGCUAAGCAAAAAUGUUUUGUUGUUUGACAAAAAGAACUUAAAGGAAAUUGUUUGAAAUAAUAAAAU